GAAGUUAAUGGUUUUCUCUUCCUCAGUAAACGUAAGACUCAACGUUCUCUACACUCCUCGUCACUCAGUCAACCUGCUCAUCUCCCCAAGCAUUAGUCCGAACUCUAUGAAGACGGAAACCAUGACCAUAUUUGCUUUUGAGAAACACACCCCGGAGUAAAGUUCGGACAAGAGAAACUCUGACAGGAAGGGAGGGAUUGUUUGUUUGUUCUCGACAGAUAUUAGUUGGAAACGGUGCUGUACGGCUGAUACAAGCUUUGGAUCCUCUGAGUCACUGCAUAUGAACACAGUUGGAGUGUUAAAAAUGAUCCUGGCUUUUCCAAGCUUUUUGAUGCUGGUGGAUAGUGGCCAUGAUCCUGAGGCUCUUUUAAUCAUGUUUGCAAGAUCUGCACUUAAAAAAGACUUAAUAGUGGAGAUCUGAGCCUGAGGUUUGUUGAUGUGCCGCUGCUGCAGCCUCCUCCAUCUCCUGGAGAUCCUGGUCGGUAUACUCCUGCUCAAACAGAUAAGGAUGUUCAAAAAACUCAAGCUCUUCUUCUCAGUGAAAUCUUCAUCAUAACUUCUCAAUUUAGACUUUUAGUUUGUUACCAAACUAAAACUGUUUAGUUUUGCUCUAUCCUUGUUCGUCUGUUCUCUGGAGACUCUACUCAGUGAAUGCGUCUCACGUCAUACGGCGAGUCAGAGGUCAGCCACGGAAGCUGGAACUUGACUCAAAUAGACUGACUUCAUCAACAGACAAGGAUCAUGAAACAGAGAAAGAUCAUCCUUCUUGGGAAAACAGGAGAGGGCAAAAGUAGUGCUGGGAAUACAAUUCUCAGAAGAGAAGUAUUCGUCUCUAAAGCCUCAGCUAAUUCUACAACAAGUCAGUGUGUAAGUGAAGAUGGGAUGGUUGAUGAAAGACAGAUCACAGUGAUCGACACACCUGGAUUCAUCGACACAGAUCGUGACGAUGAAGAGACUAAAUCUAAGAUUGUGAAAGCUUUGACUGAAUGCGCUCCAGAGAUUGAUGCCUUUGUCGUGGUCCUUAAGAUUGGAAGAUACACAAGACAUGAAAAUGAGGUGUUUCAGCAAAUUCUGAACCUAUUUAAAGAGGAUGUCUUAAAACACACAGUGAUCUUGUUUACAUUUGGUGAACAACUAGAAGGCCAGAGCAUUGAAGAAUUUGUGAAGGUCAAUGAAAAGCUACAGGAGCUGGUUAAAAAAUGUGGAGGUCGCCGUCACGUCAUCGACAACAAAUACUGGAAAAACUUUUCAGGAGACAAAAGCAACCGAGUUCAGGUGAAAAGUCUGCUGGAGACCAUAGACAAGAUGGUGGAAGAAAAUGGACGCUACAGCAAUGAGCUCCUCCAUACAGUCGAGAGAAUCAUUCAAGAGGUGAUGAAAAUAAACGGAGGCAAUCGAGAAGAAGCAAAGAAAACUGUUCAUGAACAAAUCAUGAAGCAAGUAGUAGGAGCAUCAACAGGAGUUUUGAUCGGUGCUCUUCUGGGAGCAGUUGUUCCAGUACUUUCAAUUCUGGCUGUACUAAAAACAUUUAGCUCUUUAGAGGAACUGUUAAAAUCCAAAGUAGUAGGUGCAGGUGGAGCAGUGAUAGCAGGUGGAGCAGUGAUAGCAGGUAGAGCAGCGGCAGGUGGAGCAGCGGCUGGUGGAGCAGCGGCAGGUGGAGCAGCGGCAGGUGGAGCAGCGGCAGGUGGAGCAGCGGCAGGUGGAGCAGCGGCAGGUGGAGCAGCGGCUGGUGGAGCAGCGGCAGGUGGAGCAGCGGCAGGUGGAGCAGCGGCGGCAGGUGGAGCAGCGGCAGGUGGAGCAGCGGCGGCAGGUGGAGCAGCGGCAGGUGGAGCAGCGGCAGGUGGAGCAGCGGCUGGUGGAGCAGCGGCUGGUGGAGCAGCGGCAGGUGGAGCAGCGGCUGGUGGAGCAGCGGCUGGUGGAGCAGCGGCUGGUGGAGCAGCGGCAGCGGAGAUGGGCGCAGCGGUUGCAGGAGGCACUGCAGAAGCAGGAGCAGCAGCUGGAGGCGUAGGGGUUAGCACAGGUGUGAUCGCAGGAGUUCUCGGAGCUGCAGCUGUUGCAGGAGCUGUUGGAGGAGGAAUCACCGGAUGGAAAGCAGCAGAAGACGCUGAUUCAGUGUGUGACGCCAUGUACAAGUCAGCGAAGGCUAACUAUGAGAAUGCAAAAGCUACACUUGAGAAAAUAGAAGAACUUGUUGAAAAAAUCAUGAAACAGAAAAAUUGAAAAAUAGAUAUUUAGUUGAUUUGUAUCCAGAAAUAACAAUCUCAAGCUUUGUUACCUAUAGUUAACUAUAGUAUUAGCUAUAAUAUUAUAUUUCACUUUAGGGAAUAAACAUUUGAUUUUUAUUUUUAAACCUCACAGUUCUAUUGUGUUGCAGUCACGUGUUAAUUUUGGUGUUCAGUUUCCAGUAAAUUUAGCAUAUCGAUAUGGCCUUGGUCUCUUCUUAAGUUGAAAUAGAAUAUAUAUUAAUAUAGAAGAGUGUUUUUGAUUAUUGUAAAGUCAGUGAAAAAGGAUUUUAUAAUUGUUUGUAAAAUAAUAUACCCUCUUUAAAAGUACUACUUUUCAACAGAGCCUGGAUGUUUUCUAUACUUCUUGUUUGUUAUAGGCUACGCUAUGCAUAAGGUUCAUAAUCCAGUUUCAUUGAUGAGUUUAUUCGGUAAUUACAUUCAACAUCUUCUUUCCAACUUGGUGUUCUUUACAAUUAUUGCCAAGAAGUGUAAUUUAUCCAAAAUAUAAAGGGUACAAUCAUAAAAAAAACUCUUCUGGCUAUGCCAAACAAGUUUUGUUACAUCCAUGGCAUGCACAAAUCAUUUUAAAUAAUUUUAAGUUAUGUUUAACGAAUCCUCAGCCCUUGCCAAUAGUAACCCCCAAAACACUAACAUACCAGAAACCGUUUUCAAUAUAAAUAUUAAAGAGCAUUGAACAUAAACAAGUCUACCAAUUUGAUAAUUGCAACGAAAAAUCCUUAGUAGCACAAAUAAAAUCAUUUAUAUACUCUCAACUCAAAUAAAUUAAGUAAAGUGGUUGUAAAGAACUGUGUUGAAUUACUGUAAUUUUCCUGUGUUAAAUAUUGUUUUUGGCCUACUUAAUUGAAACAUGUUAUGAAAAUACAUUUAACCUGUCAGAUUAACAAAAAGCAAUCGUUUAAAUGGGAAACCUAACAUGAUGAUAUUAAAUAAAACAUUACUAAACCGAA